CUCUACUGUUCUGCUGUUCCUCCAGACGCCUAUUGCUGUCUGCCGGAGCAUCUUCCUGUUUCGCGUUUCGUUUCUAUCCUUUUCAACGAGGUUCUUCUCCGCCGGACCCCUCCUCAGGUUCCCGGGUCCUGCUAUCUACGUCUAGCUACAGCUUUGUGGCUACGCUACUCCAGGAGCCUUUUUAUCUAUUCAGCACACAUAUCCCAUCAUCUACCCUCAUCAUGAGUGCAGAGCCAGACCACACUCACGACAAGAAGAGAGUGCAUCUUCAAGAUGUGUCGGGCGGCGAGCGUAAAGAGGAUCUGGACACCGCCACGGCCAUCCUCAAGAAGAAGAAGAAGCCCAACUCUUUGAUUGUCACCGAUGCCGUGAACGAUGAUAACUCCGUGAUUGCCCUCUCUAACAACACCAUGGAGACCCUGCAGCUCUUCCGGGGUGAUACAGUACUCGUCAAGGGCAAAAAGCGCAAGGAUACCGUGUUGAUUGUGUUGGCGGAUGAUGAUCUCGAUGAUGGCAGCGCUCGCAUCAACCGGGUUGUGAGGCAUAACCUCCGGGUCAAGCACGGCGAUAUGAUCACCGUCCACCCUUGCCCAGACAUCAAAUAUGCCAAGCGGAUUGCUGUUCUCCCCAUCGCCGAUACCGUCGAGGGUCUUACUGGCUCUCUUUUCGAUGUCUUUCUUGCCCCAUACUUCCGCGAGGCCUACCGGCCAGUCAGACAGGGCGACCUCUUCACAGUACGGGGUGGUAUGAGACAAGUGGAAUUCAAGGUCGUUGAGGUCGACCCCCCGGAGUACGGUAUCGUCGCUCAGGAUACGAUCAUUCACUGCGAGGGCGAGCCCAUCCAGCGCGAAGACGAGGAAGGAAACCUUAACGAGGUCGGUUACGACGAUAUUGGCGGUUGCCGGAAACAGAUGGCUCAGAUCCGUGAACUGGUCGAGCUGCCCCUUCGCCACCCUCAGCUUUUCAAGUCCAUCGGCAUCAAGCCGCCCCGUGGUAUCCUCAUGUACGGUCCCCCCGGUACCGGUAAGACUCUGAUGGCCCGUGCCGUUGCCAACGAGACCGGUGCUUUCUUCUUCCUUAUCAACGGUCCGGAGAUCAUGUCUAAGAUGGCCGGUGAGUCCGAGUCCAAUCUGCGCAAGGCCUUCGAAGAGGCCGAGAAGAACUCGCCUGCCAUCAUCUUCAUCGAUGAGAUCGACUCCAUUGCGCCCAAGCGUGAGAAGACCAACGGUGAAGUUGAGCGUCGUGUGGUCUCCCAGCUGUUGACCCUCAUGGACGGCAUGAAGGCCCGCUCCAAUGUGGUCGUCAUGGCUGCUACCAACCGCCCCAACUCCAUCGACCCGGCCCUUCGUCGCUUUGGCCGCUUCGACCGUGAGGUCGACAUUGGUAUUCCCGACCCCACUGGCCGUCUGGAGAUCCUGCAGAUCCACACCAAGAACAUGAAGCUUGGUGAUGAUGUGGACCUCGAGGCUAUCGCCGCCGAAACUCACGGUUACGUCGGUUCUGAUCUGGCCUCCCUCUGCUCGGAGGCCGCCAUGCAGCAGAUCCGUGAGAAGAUGGACUUGAUCGACCUUGACGAGGACACGAUUGACGCCGAGGUCCUCGACUCUCUCGGUGUCACCAUGGAGAACUUCCGGUACUCCCUGGGCGUCUCCAACCCCUCUGCUCUCCGCGAGGUGGCCGUGGUCGAAGUGCCCAACGUCCGCUGGGAGGACAUUGGUGGUCUCGAGGAAGUCAAGCGCGAACUUAUCGAAAGUGUCCAGUACCCCGUCGACCACCCCGACAAGUUCCAGAAGUUCGGCCUCUCUCCUUCUCGCGGUGUGCUUUUCUAUGGGCCCCCUGGUACUGGUAAGACCAUGUUGGCCAAGGCCGUGGCCAAUGAGUGUGCCGCCAACUUCAUCUCCGUCAAGGGCCCUGAGCUGUUGAGCAUGUGGUUUGGUGAGUCGGAGAGCAACAUCCGUGAUAUCUUCGAUAAGGCCCGUGCCGCCGCCCCGUGUGUGGUCUUCCUCGACGAGUUGGACUCGAUCGCCAAGUCCCGUGGUGGCUCUGUCGGUGAUGCCGGCGGUGCUUCGGACCGUGUGGUCAACCAGCUUCUUACUGAGAUGGAUGGCAUGACUUCCAAGAAGAACGUGUUCGUCAUCGGUGCGACCAACCGUCCGGAACAACUCGAUGCUGCUCUGGUCCGUCCUGGUCGUCUGGAUACCUUGGUUUACGUCCCCCUGCCAGACCAGGAUUCCCGUGAGGGCAUCCUCAAGGCUCAGCUCCGCAAGACCCCUGUUGCCUCGGACGUCGACCUGGCUUUCAUUGCCAGCAAGACUCAUGGCUUCUCGGGUGCCGAUCUUGGGUUCGUGACCCAGCGUGCUGUCAAGCUGGCCAUCAAACAGUCGAUCUCUGCCGAGAUCGAGCGCCAGAAGCAGCGUGAGGCCGCCGGCGAGGAUGUUAAGAUGGAGGAUGAGGAGGAAGGCGAGGACCCCGUGCCGGAGCUGACCCGUGCCCACUUCGAGGAAGCGAUGAAGACGGCUCGCAAAUCUGUCAGCGACGUCGAGAUUCGCCGCUACGAGGCCUUUGCCCAGAGCUUGAAGAACUCUGGCGGCAGCAGCUUCUUCCGUUUCCCGUCUGCCAGUGAGGUGACCGGCAACCAGGAUUCGUUUGGCGACGCCGGCAAUGAUGACAGCCUCUACGACUAAACCGUGUCUUCUCUUUUCUUUUCUUUCUUAUUUUUUUUCCCCC